AAAAUGUUCUGGAAUCAGGAGAAUUGAUUUUUAAACAAAUUAAAGCAAUGGGUUGCGGCAAGGUAUUCUAUAUUGAUGGUUGGGAUGGAUUUGGGUCCUCUGCUGUUCUCAGAUACAUGGCAGCAGUGCUUCCAUCAAGGAGAACCCAUCCGGAACUAAGCUUUGACAGGAGUUUUUUCAUAGAUUGCUCGAAGUGGAAAAAUAGAAGAGCAGUGCAGAGGGAAAUUGCAAGAGAACUAAAACUUGACCGCUCUGUAAUGGCUAUUCUAGAUAACAAAGAUGAAUGGGAUGAUUUUCUUGGAGUUGAUGAAAGCUCAAGGGAUGAGAUUGAAAGUGUUGCACGCGUUAUUAAUCAAACCCUGAGUGUCACCAAAUUUAUUAUGUUUUUUCUCAAUGGAAGUGACGAUGAGAUUGAUGUAGGUAACUUUGGGAUUCCUCUUACAAGAUUUGGCGAAAACAUGGUGAUAUGGACCUUCGACAGAAGUUGCCUGACCAUGCAUCAUCAUGGCAAUUAUCAUGAGAUAACUACCAAGCUAAGAUAUACUAACGUUUUCAUGCCUUCCUACAGUGAAAUAAGUAGGUUACGUAGUUCAAGUUUCAUUAAACUACUGCAUUCACAAGCUGGCGCAAUAGUUGCUCGUGGUCUAGGUAUGCAAGGCAUCAACCCAACAAUGGUCGUAGAAUGUUGCCUCUACGGGAUAUUUCUGCAUUAUAAUUUUCACAUCGCCACAAAACUUAAUUGGCUUUCUCAUGCUUCCAACUAUUGGAUAUGUGAUGCAAUCAUAAAAGGGGACAGAGCAAGGGAUAUUAGUAACACGUUGCAUGGAGAGACCAGUUGGGAGUGUGAUGCUUCUUUGAUUGAUAAGGUGCUUAAAAGUUUCAUGAAAUAUUUGAAGCCCCCUUUUCUGGUAGUUAAAGAUGAUGAUGUCUAUAAUGAAGGGCCAUAUCGUUGGAUUUCAGUGACAUCGAGAUCUAUGGAAAUAAGUGGUUUGCAGGCUAUACCCGCAAUGACAUCAUCUUUCUUUUUAGCAAUUGAAAGAUCCAAUCAGUCAUCAACUUUACCAAAUGGCUUGUUUGAAAAUUCCAGCAACCUUGCUGUAUUAGUUCUGUGUUCUUGUGGCUUCGAUUUUGCAUCACCUCCUUUCCGCAAGUGUCACAACCUCAGAUUCCUUGGGUUGGAUCACUGUACGGACAGCAAAAUAAGUGAAGAAGAAAAUAAUAAUCAUAAAGAAUGGGCAUGCUUGAAUAACCUUUUGGUGCUGGACCUACGCUACACAAACUGGGAUCAAAUCUUAUCUGGAGAGAAAAUGAGUCUCAUGAAAAAUAUAAGAGAACUAAAUAUAGAGGGAGUCAGAUGUUGGCAGUACAUAGCUCAGUUACAAGGGCGGCUACCUAACCUUCAGAGGCUCCGAAUAAUCAGGCCACCAUGUUCUUGUGAGACAUCAAAUGAUGUUGAUGAAUCAUUUAUUGAAAAGAGAAGCAUGGAAAUACUUGACUUGUCCGGUAACUCUGGCAUGGAAAUUCUUCCAACAAGCCUAUCAAGGGCGAGAAGCUUGCAGAUGCUCAUACUUGAUGGUUGUAAUGGACUAGAAAACAUUAUUGCCCUUGGUCGGCUUUAUCCUUCCCUCAGGUGUUUUAGCUUUGAUGGAUAUGGGCCUGCUUCCAGGCGUACUCCAACAGUUGAGCUACCUUCGAAACAUUUUCGUCCGUCUACUGCAGAAGAUAACAAGGAUAUACGUACCUCCAAGAUCUCCCUACAAGGAUGCACAAAACUGGAUAAUCUGUUUGUGCGUGGGCUAAACAACCUCACGGAACUAGACCUCUCUGGAACUGCGAUCAAGAUACUUGACUUCAAGACUAUGGUGGUGCAAGUCCCAAGGCUCAAGCGGCUCUUUCUAAUAGGAUGCAAGCACCUUCGUGCUAUCAUCUUUGUGGACGACCAUGGUUAUACAAUACUAAUACCCAAUCUAGAGUUGGUGUGCAUAGACACGCGAGCUGGAAUCAUGUGUCCUCGGCCAUCCAUCAACAAGACCAAGCCCUUCCAGUUGCAGGUGCAUGCUAUUGUUGUGGAUGCUAGGCUUACUUCUUCUUUGGGUCAAUUAUUCUCUAAUUAUUUUACAUGGGACAACAUUAAGGAUAUUUACUUUGAUAUCCAUGUCACCUCGUCACCAGUUUAUGAUUGGGUUGUUCAAUCUGAAGCAACCAAGAAUGAUAUGUUUGACAUCGGUGAUCAAGGGUGCUUGCAACAGCUUAUUGCAGCAGCCAAGUACAGUGAUGUCCUCAGCAUGGUUGGUGAUCGCCCUAUUGAAGCUUUUCCGCAACCUCCAUCUACACGCUUUGACCGACAUAUAGAGAUUGGUGCAGGGAGCUGGCACGGGGAGAGCGGGCUGGAGGUAUUAGGUGAGAAUAUGAUAUAUGUUGCUGAAUCCCUGCAUUUGCAUGAUGUCCCAAUACAUCAUAUUAUUCACAUAGCACACUCGUGGAACCGGCUUAAGUGGUGCCGCAUGGAGAGGUGCCCAAAGUUGGAUACUGUCUUCCCUUCGUUUUUCGGUGAACUUCCUCAACUGGAGACCUUCUGGGCAUCGGAUCUCCUAAUGGCCCGAUCUAUUUGGAGCCUUGGUAGGCACUGGCAGUCGCAGAUUAUGGAAAAUUCUUUGAAAAACUUACGGCACCUACACCUGCACUCAUGUCCAAGGGUACAGUUUGUGCUCCCGGCGUGGGUCUCCUCCUUCCCGAGCUUGGAGACGCUCCACAUCAUCUACUGCGGCGAUCUCGGCCACGUCUUCAUUCUGAACGAAUACUACCCAAAUGAAGUCAUAGUAUUCCCAAAGCUGAAGACCGUCCACCUCCACGACCUCCCGAAACUGCGGCAGAUAUGCGAGGUCAAGAUGGUGGCUCCUGUGCUCGAGAACAUCAAGAUCAGGGGAUGCUGGGCCCUGCGCAGGCUGCCAUCCGUGGCAGCCAGUGGCCGAGGCGCGAAGAAGCCGACCAUCGAGAUCGAGAAGGACGUGUGGGAUGCUCUGGAGUGGGACGCUGGCAACUCCCCGGACCACUUCGACGCGCCGGUCCACUCGCGCUACUACAAGAAGAAACUGCCCAGGGUCUCCUUCCUCAGGUGAACUCUGCGCGGCUGUGUUUCUUCCAUCGCUACGGUGGAAGUGAUGGACGUCCUGCUGCCGGAUGAUCAUCUGUUUGGUUUGCUUCCGUGCUUGCUUGGAUUGCUGGACUUCACGGAGAGCGUUGGUCAUCGAUAAAUCUGUCGUCUCUCAUACCGUCGUGUGCUAUUUUGUUCCCGGUGCCAUAUGUGUGAGCUUAUGGUGGCUCUCACUCUCACCUUAUAGUUGUGUGUGGCUUUCAUAUAAGAAGAGGGCAGGUCUAUGCAUGCGUACACAGACCUGCUAGAUAAGCAGCGGCUAUGCGAUUUGCAGGGGAUGCCUGCAUGCUUUGCUUGUGUGUGGUUUUCAUGAGUGCUUUGCUAUGCGUCUGGAACUGUAACAGCGGCCUAUCUGUGCCUGUGUGCAUCUACAUGGCGCUGCAUGUGAGUGUGAUUUGGUUGGGAGUGUUCGCUGUGUACCUGAACCAAGAAGCAAGGUUGUGACUUGUGCUUUGCCUGUUA